UCUUAAGCUUUGUUUAUGAGAGAAUCCGAAGACGCGCAUCAGCAAGCGCGUGGUAAUUCGCAUUAUAAAAAUGUCAAUUCUCAUGUGAAUUUCCCCAGUCAGUCCAACAGAAAAUCCUCUCUUUUGUAUCGCUUCUUCCCUUUCACAAUCUCCAUUUCGUCAUCAACCAUUUCUUUCUUCUUCUUCUUCUUCUCUGGUAAAAAGGAUCCCAUGUUUGAGUUUGGGGAUGAAUUUACAAUAGAAAGCUAUAGAAUCCCAUGGCUAAUUUGGAUCCAAAUCAUAAUCCUCUUCCUUCUCAUCUUUCUUUUCUUUUCUUUCAGUGUUUUUACUUCAGAUCCUUCGCAAUCGCACUACAACACCAAAACUCCUUCCUCCGCUACUUCUCCUUCUCCUUCGUCCUUAGCUUCAGUAUCCGCUGUUUCUAAUUCAAACAAGCCUCUGCUCAACCACAGUACUACCACGACUGUCGCAAACCGCUUGCAGCAUAACCAGAGAAGUAGAGUGAAAAGGAAAUUUAUAAUCUCUGGUCAUGAUUGAUGGGAAAGAAAAAGUUCUCAUGUCUCGACCCAUUUGCAUAAUUUUAUGAUAAUUUUAAUCAGAUGCCAACCCAUUGUGUAUUUGUAUUUUGUUGUCUUCCCGUAGGCUUAUAUUUAAUUAUUUAUUAGUAGAAGAGUUGGUGCAUUGUUUUUUAAAUUAAAGAUGCUGCUGCAUCAUUUCUCAAUUGAAAUAUUUCACGAAUAAUUAUUAUUAUUGCAUCUGAACUUUUUUGAAAUGAUAGGCUGUCUGAAUUUAAAUUACUAAUAUGCAAUUUAUGGAAGAAGGAUUUAUUAAAUUAACAUUUUUAUUUUUUUUUUAAUUUAUACUACUUUAAAUAUUGGUAAAAACAGAGAAGAAGUAUGGGUGUUUCCAUACUAGAAAACGGGUAGAAGUGAGCAUCAAGCAAUUUCAAUUUAGUUUGAUUUUAUUUGUUUUUUAUUUUAGAAUUAGUUUUAGAUUUAUUUUUUAUGGUUAAUUACAGUUACAUUUCAUAUUCUUAAUUCUAAUUGGAGGGUCUAAUAAUAAUUAGUUAAAAUAAAUAAAUCAUUAGAUUCUUUUCUUAAAAAUAAAAAUUGAAUCAAAUCAAGUACUAAAAAAUUGAAUUGAAUUGGUUUGAUAAAUUUUCUUUUGAUUUGGAUGGAUUUUGCCACACUUUUAGAAAAGGGUGAUAGGAGUGGUGGUUCAGCCUUUCCUUCUAAUGCAAAAAAUAUACUUUUGCACUCAAAGAGUCGUGUAAGAAAGAAACUGAAGAUGAUUUUUGCAGGUAGGAGAGAGUCAAAGUAUAAAAGGAGAGAUAGCAACAGGCACAAGUAGAAGAAUAGUGACAGAAGUGAACACAGAGAGCCAAUGCAUUUCAGCAAGCUCCAUCCCUCACCUCCAUCUCUGCAACUAUUUUAGGCUUGCCAAGCUUGCAUUUCUCAAGUGUUUGGGGUUAGACACAUCCUCUGAUAAUUCCACAAGCUGUGACAGGAAAAAGGAAAGAUAGGGUUACCUCACGAGAAAUUUUUAGCGCUAGUCUGCAGACGCAAAGAUCAGCUAUCAGCCAUUAUAAUCUAAAGCCAAAGGGGACUGAUGGAAUAGAAAUCAGGUCAGAGAUUGUGACUCAAUCCAAGGUAAAUGUAGCCAACAUUAAAAGUUUAUUAAAGCCGAUAACUAUUCAUGAUCCUUGGAGUCAUCAGUUUUAAAUUAGGAAUCCAGUUUUGCUCACUGAAACAGCAAAAAAUUGAUUGGAGGAAAGCUGAUUCCAAGAAUUUUAUGUGUAUUUAUUGUACAGAUGAAAAGCUUUUGCAAUUAAAGAAAAUUAAUAAAUUAUCCACGAUUUGAAUA